AUCAAGGAAGGUGGAAUACACAGCUAUGAAAAGGAAAGAAAUAAAGGUCACACAAAUUUAAUUUCUGGAGCUUCUGGAUAAUAAGAGGACAAUAUUUCCUUGAAGGGGUUCAACAACCUGAAAGCUAUGGAAGACUCAACUUCGAAGUUUUCACCUGUGACAUGGAAAUGGACACUUUCACUCUUCAGUUUUGCUCUGGAACUUGUUUACGUGGCUGGACUAGAUUUUUCUGGAUAUGACUCAGGUGACAAGGAUACCAAAGAAUAUCCACAUAUUCCAGAGCUGGGAAACACCAUUUUUGAUGGCCGUGUAUCUGGAGAAGGUUUCAGCACCACAACAGAAAGCAUCCCUUAUAUCACAAGCUAUCUUGACCCUUAUUAUCCAGAAGAAAUCACAGCUGGUUAUUAUGAAUCAACAUAUUUCACCUACUACGCAGAGAGAGAAGAACCCACUGUUCCCACACCAAUGGUUAUUACAGAUGCUAUUGCCUUGAGAGAAAACAAAGACCUUUCCCCAGUUCCUGAAGGUCCAAAGAAAACAGAAGUGGUUGAUCUUUUUGAAGAACUAAGGCUGUUGAGUGAUACAGGAUUCAAGAUUGUUCCAGGAUCUCAGAGAGGUCUAACAGCAUAUCAGUUGGAACCUGGUAUUACAAGAAAAAUAAAGUCUGUGCUCCCAUAUGGCCUUCCCCAAGAGUUCUCCAUAGUCUCUACAUUCAGAAUCAGGCAAUCCACCCUGAUGUGGGACUUAUGGGCAAAUACUGGCAGAGAUGGAGCUGAUCAACUUAGAUUCCGCUUUUUGGAGGAAAGCCAUGCAGUGGAGGUAUAUUAUGCAGCAGCAGCCGCGGGUGACUCAGUCACUACCUUUGAAGAUGUGGGAAAGCUGUUUGAUGGAGCUUGGCACAAAAUUAGUUUGAGUAUCCAAAGAAGCCAGAUAGUUCUCUAUGUAGACUGCCAGCAGAUAGGUACAGCCAAAGUCAACAAUUAUGGACUACUGAAGGCAGAUGGAGAGAUUGUUUUAAUCCGGAGGAUUAAGGAUGACAGCGCACAAGUACAGGUUGAAAUGCAAAAACUUCAGCUGUACAAGAAUCAUAACCUGGUGUUGAAUGAAACUUGCUGUGAAAUACCCGGAGGGGAAGAUGAAUCUCUGUGCCCCACUUCAGGAGAGAUAGAACUUGCAACAAAAUGUCAGCCUUGGGAACAAGGGGUAGCUGGUCUGCCAGAUCCAAAGGAAGAUCAUGGUGCUUCAGGAGAUGAUGGACCAUCUGGGUAUUCAGGAGCUAUGCAACAGGGUCAACCAGGUCUUGCUGGUCUAAAAGGUGCAACUGGACCGAUGGGAUCUAGUGGAUUCCCUGGAACUGAUGGAGAACUAGGACUUCCAGGCUAUCCUGCAGUUUCAAGAAACGGCCAACCAGGAAAAUAAGGACCCCUCUGGAUACAAUGAACCUCCAGGUCAACCUGGACCUUCUGGCCCCCCAGGUGUCCCUGGCCUAUGUGAGCCUGUGAUGCCUUCAUUUCCACCCCACAGGUUCAGCAGUGAUUAGCAAAAGGACCAACAGUUUGAACAAAUUGAACUAAAAGAAUGUGGAUUCUGAUGUUAUGAAUAAA